UCGGAAGCGGGGUUAUAAAGCCGAGGAGGCGGCUCUCUGUCCCGGCGUUUCCUCUUGGUCUUCCUCCCUCUAGAUCUGUGCAUCAAGCCCGCUGCUAGCCGAGCGUGUCGUUCGCCAUGGCCCUCAGCGAUGCCGACGUGCAGAAGCAGAUUAAGCACAUGAUGGCUUUUAUCGAACAAGAAGCCAAUGAGAAAGCAGAAGAAAUAGAUGCAAAGGCAGAGGAAGAGUUCAACAUUGAGAAGGGCCGCCUGGUGCAGACCCAGAGACUGAAGAUCAUGGAAUACUAUGAGAAGAAAGAAAAGCAGAUUGAGCAGCAGAAGAAAAUUCAGAUGUCCAACUUGAUGAAUCAAGCCAGGCUUAAAGUCCUCCGAGCCCGAGAUGACCUGAUCACAGACCUGCUGACUGAAGCCAAGCAGCGACUCAGCAAGGUGGUGAAAGACACUACCCGGUACCAGGUGCUGCUGGAUGGACUGGUGGUUCAGGGUUUGUACCAGUUGCUGGAGCCCCGCAUGAUUGUUCGAUGCAGGAAGCAGGACUUCCCUCUGGUAAAGGCCGCGGUACAGAAGGCGAUCCCCAUGUACAAGAUCGCCACCAAGAAAGAUGUGGACGUACAGAUCGACCAGGAGGCCUACCUGCCUGAGGAUAUAGCCGGUGGAGUGGAGAUCUACAGCGGGGACCGGAAGAUAAAGGUCUCCAAUACCUUGGAGAGCCGGCUGGAUCUCAUAGCCCAGCAGAUGAUGCCAGAAGUACGGGGCGCCUUGUUCGGUGCCAACGCCAACAGGAAGUUUCUGGACUAAGCCGGUGGGAGAUGGAGCCUGUCGGCUGCCCCAGCUGCCGUAAUAGGAAUUUCUGAUCCUCGGAGAAACACUAUGAUUUGUGUUGCUUCCACUUUGCCGUCCUAGUCGUCUAUGGUUAUCAGUGGAUACUUUUUUGUAGCUAAUGCCCUUGGCCUAGUUGUUAACAUUGGGAGAGAACCUCGCUUCUUCUGAUCAGGAAACCUACCUAUAGCUCAUCUGAAAGGAACACAGCUGCCCAUUGCUCAUGCGCACAGAGCUGAGGGCUUCAGAGGGGGUAGCCCUGGCCCAGCUGCUGCUUCUCUGCUUCCUUCCGGCGGCCCCAUCCUGGGCCACCGUGUGUGGUGGUCCCUGCUGUCAACCUCUGCUCCUUAGGCUGGGAUGCAUGCAGCACCUGCACUCCUCCCCACCCGCCCGCUUCACUGCUGCCCGUCUGGGCCUACUUGCGUCCCUAAUCUGUAAAUGUGAUUGCAAACGCUAAGCCAUGGAUGUGCUUUAUUUAUUAAAUGGUCAUGUGCA